CAUGGUAGCACAUCAAGUAAAAGAGUUUUCUGUUCUAUCUAUUACCAUUUCAGUCGCCUGAUUUCAAUCCUAAAGUAUUUGGCGGAACUACAAAAACGGCCUUCAUGAAUGUGACUGUGUGCAAUUCACCAUUUAAUUAAAUACACCUAACUUGCGUAUGUUCUUUACGACUUCAAUGUAGUAUGAACACACAAUUGGUUGAAUAUUCAUCUAGUGAUGAAGAAAAAACUGAAAAACUGGAGCUGCCUACAAUACUUCAAGAUUUUAAUUCUGAUUCCUUUCGUUUUUUUGUUCGUGAAGAUGAUCCUUCGAAGCAUGAUUUUCGUAGUAGAACUUUUCCUCAUGAACCUGGGAGUUGGGCCACUUCCGUGUAUAUUGCAUGUUCUCAUUUGCAUUCUAGAAUACUUGAGGCGAUCAAAGACCCCGUAGUUCAAUCAAAUCCUGUAAUGGGUGAUUGUUAUACUGUGGAUUCUCCUCACAUAAGUUUGUCGAAGACAUGGCCUAUUUAUUUUCAUUGGAUUGAAAAUCUCGUUUGUAAUCUUCGUUCUGCUGUAAGCUCUUUUGGAAAGUUCUGGAUUGCGCUUGAUGACGUAGAAGUUCUUGUAAAUGAAGAAAACACACGAUCCUUUUUCACUUUAGUAACUUCUGAAGAGUCACGUAUAGCACUGAUAUCUCUACUCAAUUAUGUUGAUUCAUGUGUCACUGCGUUUAGAGGGCCAAAGUAUUAUGAAAAUCCUAAAUUCCAUAUGAGUUUUUUGUGGUGUAAUGGGGAUGUUCGUAAGAAGUAUUCAACAGAAACACUAAACAGUUUUUUGAUUCUACUCUUCACCUUAUUCGGUAGUUUCAAAACACACAAUAAGCGAAGCACCUACGAGUUAAUACGUUCCAGUCACCUUUUAGGGGUUAAGUGAAGCUGUCAAAUGCUACACAAAGUUGUCAUUUGGUCGCCGCGUUCCGAUAUCAUCAAUGUUGGGGAUAUGAACUAUGGGACUCAAUGAACACAAGUUGCGCUUUUUGGAUCGUGUGAAAAAGGUGCAAUUCUUAUUUCGUAAUUGAACACCUAGUCUUGGAUACUAGGCUACUUAGACUGAAUGUAAAAGAAGCAAAAAUUACUAUAGAGGAUUACUUAGGUGUUUGUUUCAUAGGACUUCUUAUCAAUCAAAUCUUUGAUGAACA